AACCCUUCGAGCGUGUUUUCCGAUUUAGCACCUCUCUCUCUCUCUCUCUCUCGCUCUCGCCGCUUAUUAAGCGGUGCGGUAACCGGAACUCGCCUUUCUAUCUCCACACCCCUUUCAGACAAUCCUCUUCUGCAACCAGUGCCCAGACCUCAAACACCGACGAUUUCAAACACAUUUUAUGCAUGGGAAUCGAGGGAAAAAGCGGUUGCAGCAAAAUCAAGAGGAGGAAGUUGGCCAUCAACUGGAAACAGCUCUUACCUUCGUCAUCCAGUGACGACGAUCGUCCAACGGAACUUCUGGUGGCAUCAAAGAGGAAAUCAGAAUGCGGCCGCAGUGAAGGUGACGCGCAAGAGAAUCAUAAGGAAGACUUGGAACUCCAGACGAAAUCAUACGCUGAAAUUACCGAGUAUAUUGCGAGAUCUAAAAGAUUCUUGGUAACACUAAGUGAUAAGUUGCCUGAUAGGGGCGAAAAGCUCAAGGCAACUCUCCAGAGAUACGAAGAUGAACUCGAACGAAGAAAUAAACUCGAACUGGAGAAGGUGCUAUCGGAGGCAAAUGGAAAUAAUAUUAGCUUCUUGAGGUUCAGGCGCAUGGGUGUAGUCCUUAUAUAUGGGCCUUUUUGUAGAUCACAAGAAGUAGAUGAUGAUGAUGAUAUGUAGAUGAUGAAUCUUUCUUUUGAAACUUAGUUUUUGUAAUUAUGUGUGUUUCACUAUACUAGUUGUAACUCCUCAAGUUGGUUGAUAUUUGGAAAAUGUUUUUCUUUACAAGAUAUGAUAUAUGUCGUAAGGUAUUUUCUUAAAUAUCUAUAGGUUUCAAAAAUAUAAGAUGUGGUGUUACUGUGUUGCAUUAAU